AUGAACAACAAGGUGUUCUACCAGCACCCCAAAUCCCAUCUGGACACCCCGAACAUCAUGAACAACAAGGUGUUCUACCAGCACCCCAACCUGAUGCGGGCUCUGGGCAUGCACGAGACCGUGAUGCAGGUGAUGGUCAGCGUGCUGGGCGGCGGCGAGUCCAAGGAGAUCCGCUUCCCCAAGAUGGUGACCAACUGCUGCCGCUUCCUCUGCUACUUCUGCCGCAUCAGCCGCCAGAACCAGCGCUCCAUGUUCGACCACCUGGGCUACCUGCUGGAGAACAGCGGCAUCGGCCUGGGCAUGCAGGGCUCCACCCCCCUGGACGUGGCGGCCGCCUCCGUCAUCGACAACAACGAGCUGGCGCUGGCCCUCAAGGAGCAGGACCUGGAGAAGGUGGUGACGUACCUGGCGAGCUGCGGGCUGCAGAGCUGCCCCAUGCUGCUGGCCAAGGGCUACCCCGACAUCGGCUGGAACCCCUGUGGGGGUGAGAAGUACCUGGACUUCCUGCGCUUCGCUGUCUUCGUCAACGGGGAGAGCGUGGAGGAGAACGCCAACGUGGUGGUGCGGCUGCUGAUCCGGCGGCCCGAGUGCUUCGGGCCGGCGCUGCGGGGCGAGGGGGGCAGCGGGCUGCUGGCCGCCAUCCAGGACGCCCUGAGCAUCGCCCAGGACCCGGCCAGGGACGGGCCCAGCGGCCGCAGGGAGAGGAGGCCGUUCGGGCCCGAGGAGCCCCCCGAGGAGAACCGGGUGCACCUGGGCCACGCCAUCAUGUCCUUCUACGCCGCCCUCAUCGACCUGCUGGGCCGCUGCGCCCCCGAGAUGCACCUGAUCCAGGCGGGGAAGGGGGAGGCCCUGCGGAUCCGGGCCAUCCUGCGCUCGCUCGUCCCGCUCGAGGACCUGGUGGGGAUCAUCAGCCUCCCCCUGCAGAUCCCGGCGCUGGGAAAAGACGGGAACGUGGUGGAGCCCCGUAUGGCCGCCAGCUUUGUCCCCGAGCACAAGGCGCCCAUGGUGCUGUUCCUGGACCGCGUUUAUGGGGUGCAGAACCAGGAGUUCCUGCUCCACGUGCUGGAAGUGGGGUUCCUGCCCGACAUGCGCGCGGCCGCCUCGCUGGACACGGCGACGUUCAGCACGACGGAGAUGGCGCUGGCGCUGAACCGGUACCUGUGCCUGGCGGUGAUGCCGCUCAUCACCAAGUGCGCGCCGCUCUUCGCGGGCACCGAGCACCGCGCCAUCAUGGUGGACUCCAUGCUGCACACCAUCUACCGCCUGUCGCGCGGCCGCGCCCUCACCAAGGCGCAGCGCGAUGCCAUCGAGGAGUGCCUCAUGGCCCUCUGCAGGUACAUCCGCCCCUCGAUGCUGCAGCACCUCCUGCGCCGCCUCGUCUUCGACGUGCCCAUCCUCAACGAGUUCGCCAAGAUGCCCCUCAAGCUGCUGACCAACCACUACGAGCGCUGCUGGCGGUACUACUGCCUGCCCAGCGGGUGGCCCAACAUGGGCGUCAGCUCCGAGGAGGAGCUGCACCUCACCAGGAAGCUCUUCUGGGGCAUCUUCGACUCCCUGGCGCACAAGAAGUUCGAGGCCGAGCUCUACAAGCUGGCCAUGCCGUGCCUCUGCGCCAUCGCCGGCGCGCUCCCGCCCGACUACGUGGACGCCAGCUACUCGUCCCGCACCGAGAAGAAGGCCUCGGUGGACGCCGAGGGCAACUUCGACCCCAAACCCGUCGAGACCCUCAAUGUCAUCAUCCCCGAGAAGCUCGACGGUUUCAUCAACAAAUACGCCGAGUACACGCACGAGAAGUGGGCCUUCGACAAGAUCCAGAACAACUGGACUUUUGGGGAGACCGUGGAUGAAGAAGCCAAAACCCACCCGAUGCUGAGACCCUACAAAACCUUUUCUGAGAAGGACAAGGAGAUUUACCGGUGGCCCAUCAAGGAGUCCCUGAAGGCCAUGCUGGCCUGGGAGUGGACGGUGGAGAAGGCGCGGGAGGGCGAGGACGAGCGCGCCGAGAAGAAGAAAACCCGGAAAAUCUCCCAGAACGCCCAGGCCACCUACGACCCCUCCCACGGGUACAGCCCCCAGCCCGUGGACCUGAGCGGGGUCACUCUGUCCAGGGAGCUGCAGGCCAUGGCAGAGCAGCUGGCUGAGAACUACCACAACACCUGGGGCCGCAAGAAGAAGCUGGAGCUGGAGGCCAAGGGAGGGGGGUCCCACCCGCUGCUGGUGCCCUACGACACGCUGACGGCCAAGGAGAAGGCGCGGGACCGCGAGAAGGCCCAGGAGCUGCUCAAGUUCCUGCAGCUGCACGGAUACGCCGUGACCCGGGGGCUGAAGGACAUGGAGCUGGACACGUCGUCCAUCGAGAAACGCUUCGCCUUCGGCUUCCUGCAGCAGCUGCUGCGCUGGAUGGACAUCGCCCAGGAGUUCAUCGCACACCUGGAGGCCGUGGUCAGCAGCGGGCGGGUGGAGAAAUCCCCCCACGAGCAGGAGAUCAAGUUCUUCGCCAAGAUCCUGCUGCCCCUGAUCAACCAGUACUUCCACAACCACUGCCUCUACUUCCUGUCCACGCCGGCCCAGGUGCUGGGCAGCGGCGGCCACGCCUCCAACAAGGAGAAGGAGAUGAUCACCAGCCUGUUCUGCAAACUGGCCGCGCUCGUCCGGCACCGCGUGUCCCUGUUCGGGACAGACGCCCCGGCCGUGGUGAACUGUCUGCUCAUCCUGGCACGGUCCCUGGACGCCAGGACGGUGAUGAAGUCGGGCCCCGAGAUCGUCAAGGCCGGGCUGCGCUCGUUCUUCGAGUCGGCGGCCGAGGACAUGGAGAAGUUGGGGGAGCAGCUGCGGCUGGGCCGGGGGACCCCGACCCGCGCCCCCACCAAGGGCGUGGCCCAGAAUGUCACCUACACCUCGGUGGCGCUGCUGCCCGUGCUCACCGCCCUCUUCGAGCACCUGGCACAGCACCAGUUCGGGGACGACGUCAUCCUGGACGACGUGCAGGUGUCCUGUUACCGCAUCCUGUGCAGCAUCUACAGCCUGGGCACCGCCCGCGGGCCCCUCGUGGACAGGCAGCGGCCGGCCCUGGGCGAGUGCCUGGCCCGCCUGGCCGCCGCCAUGCCCGUGGCCUUCCUGGAGCCGCAGCUGAACCACCUGAACCCCAGCUCCGUCUACAGCACCAAGAGCGCCCGCGAGCGCGCCCUGCUGGGUCUCCCCUCACGGGUCGAGGAGCUGUGCCCGGACCUGCCGGACCUGGAGCGGCUCAUGGGUGACAUCGGCGGCCUGGCGGACUCGGGGGCGCGCUACACGGAGAUGCCACACGUCAUCGAGGUGACGCUGCCCAUGCUGUGCCACUACCUGCCCCGCUGGUGGGAGCGCGGCCCCGACGCCACCCCUCAGGGCCCCUGGGCCACCGACGUCACCGGCCACCACCUGAACGCGCUGCUGGGCCACAUCCUGCGCAUCGUGGUCAACAACCUGGGCAUCGACGAGGCCUCCUGGAUGAAGAGGCUGGCGGUGUUCGCCCAGCCCAUCGUGAGCAAGGCGCGGCCCGAGCUGCUGCGCUCGCACUUCAUCCCCACGCUGGGGCGGCUGCGGAAGCGCGCGGGGAAGGUGGUGGCCGAGGAGGAGCAGCUGCGGCUCGAGGGCAAGGCCGAGGCCGAGGACGCCGAGCUGCUGAUCCGCGACGAGUUCUCCGUGCUCUGCCGCGACCUCUACGCGCUCUACCCGCUGCUCAUCCGCUACGUGGACAACAGCCGGGCCAAGUGGCUGACGGAGCCCAACGAGGACGCGGAGGAGCUGUUCCGCAUGGUGGGCGAGGUCUUCAUCUACUGGUCCAAGUCUCACAACUUCAAGCGUGAGGAGCAGAACUUCGUGGUGCAGAACGAGAUCAACAACAUGUCCUUCCUGACGGCCGACAGCAAGAGCAAGAUGGCCAAGUCUGGAGAUGGACAGGGGGGUGGCUCGGAGCAGGAGCGCUCCAAGAAGCGGCGCCGCGGGGACAGGUACUCGGUGCACACCUCGCUCAUCGUGGCCACGCUGAAGAAGAUGCUGCCCAUCGGCCUCAACAUGUGCUCGCCCGCCGACCAGGAGCUGAUCGCGCUGGCCAAGGGCCGCUACGCCCUGAAGGACACGGACGAGGAGGUUCGGGAGUUCCUGCACAACAACCUGCACCUGCAGGACAAGGUGGAGAACACGGGCUCGGCGCGGUGGCAGAUGGCCCUGGUGCGCCAGGCGGGGCGGGACGAGGACCCCGACAGCCCCGAGCAGGUCGUGCGCAGGGUGCAGGAGGUGUCGGCCGUGCUCUACCACCUGGAGCAGACAGAGCACCCCUACAAGUCCAAGAAGGCCGUGUGGCACAAGCUGCUGUCCAAGCAGCGCCGCCGCGCCGUCGUCGCCUGCUUCCGCAUGACCCCCCUGUACAACCUGCCCAGGCACCGGGCCUGUAACAUGUUCCUCGAGUCCUACCGGCUCUCGUGGCUGGCCCGGGAGCAGCCGCCCUUCGAGGACCGCAUGAUCGACGACCUCUCGAAGUCGGGGCGGGAGGAGGAGGAGGAGGAGGAAGAGGCGGAGGCGCGGCCGGACCCGCUGCACCAGCUGAUCCUGCACUUCAGCCGCACCGCCCUGACCGAGCAGAGCCACCUGGAGCAGGAUCACCUGUACAUGGCCUACGCCGGGAUCAUGGCCAAGAGCUGCCACAUAGAGGAGGGGGAAGAGGAGGAGAAGGAGGAAGAGGAGAAGGAGGAGGAAGAAGCCGAGGAUUCGUUUGAGGAGAAGGAGAUGGAGAAGCAGAAGCUGCUGUCGCAGCAGGCCCGGCUGCACACGCGGGGGGCGGCCGAGAUGGUGCUGCAGAUGAUCAGCGCCUGCAAGGGUGAGCGGGGGGCCAUGGUCUCCUCCACCCUCAAGCUGGGCAUCUCCAUCCUCAACGGGGGCAACGCGGACGUGCAGCAGAAGAUGCUGGAGUACCUCAAGUCCAAGCGCGAGGUCGGCUUCUUCCAGAGCGUGCAGGCGCUGAUGCAGACCUGCAGCGUCCUGGACCUGAACGCCUUCGAGCGGCAGAACAAGGCCGAGGGGCUGGGCAUGGUCACCGAGGAGGGCACCAUCAUCAGCCGGGAGAACGGGGAGAAGGUGAUGUCGGACGAUGAAUUCACCCAGGACCUGUUCCGGCUGCUGCAGCUGCUCUGCGAGGGCCACAACAACGACUUCCAGAACUACCUGCGGACGCAGACGGGGAACACGACCACCAUCAACAUCAUCAUCUGCACCGUGGACUACCUGCUGCGCCUGCAGGAGUCCAUCAGUGACUUCUACUGGUACUACUCGGGCAAGGACGUCAUCGACGAGCAGGGCAAGAGGAACUUCUCCAAGGCCAUGGCCGUGGCCAAGCAGGUGUUCAACAGCCUCACCGAGUACAUCCAGGGCCCCUGUACUGGGAACCAGCAGAGCCUGGCCCACAGCCGCCUCUGGGACGCCGUCGUCGGCUUCCUGCACGUCUUCGCACACAUGAUGAAGAAGCUGGCCCAGGACUCGUCCCAGCUGGGGCUGCUGAAGGAGCUGCUGGACCUGCAGAAGGACAUGGUGGUGAUGCUGCUGUCCCUGCUCGAAGGGAACGUGGUGAACGGCACGAUCGCCCGGCAGAUGGUGGACAUGCUGGUGGAGUCCUCCAGCAACGUCACCAUGAUCCUCAAGUUCUUCGACAUGUUCCUGAAGCUGCGCGACAUCGUCUCGUCCGACGCCUUCCGCCACUUCGUCACCGACCCGCGCGGGCUCAUCUCCAAGAAGGACUUCCAGAAGGCCAUGGACAGCCAGAAGCAGUACGAGCCCGACGAGAUCCAGUUCCUGCUCUCCUGCUCCGAGGCCGACGAGAACGAGAUGAUCGACGUGGAGAGCUUCGCCCAGCGCUUCCAGGAGCCGGCGCGCGACAUCGGCUUCAACGUGGCCGUGCUGCUGACCAACCUGUCGGAGCACGUGCCGCACGACCAGCGCCUCAAGACCUUCCUGGAGCAGGCCGAGAGCAUCCUGGAUUAUUUCCGGCCCUUCCUGGGCCGCAUCGAGAUCAUGGGGGCGGCGCGGCGCAUCGAGCGCAUCUACUUUGAGAUCAGCGGCGCCAACAAGGCGCAGUGGGAGAUGCCGCAGGUCAAGGAGUCCAAGCGCCAGUUCAUCUUCGACGUGGUCAACGAGGGCGGCGAGGCCGAGAAGAUGGAGCUCUUCGUCAACUUCUGCGAGGACACCAUCUUCGAGAUGCAGAUCGCCUCGCGCAUCUCCGAGGAGGAGGCGCCGCGCGACGAGGAGGAGGAGGAGGACGAGGACAGGGAGGAAGAGGAGCCGGCCGAGGCGCCGGCGCCGGCGCUGCCGGGUUUCGGGGCGCUGCGGCGGCUGCUGGGCUCGCCCCACACGUGGCGCCGCAGGAUCAGGAGGCUGCGCAAGAAGUCGGGGCGCGAGCUGGCGUGGGAGGCGGGCGUGGGCGCGGGGCGCGUGGCGCUGGGGGGCGUGCUGGGGGGGCUGGGGGUGCUGGGGGCCGUGGGGCGCCUGGCCUGGAGCUCGCUCUUCGGCGGGGGGCUGGUGGAGGGGGCGCAGCGCCUGGGGGUCAUCGAGGUGCUGGGCUCCAUGCCCGACCCCACCCAGGACGCCGUGGGCGGCGGCGAGGCCGGGGCGGGGGACGAGGGGGGACCCCCGGAGCCGGAGCAGCCCCCCGAGGCGCAGCUGGAGGCGCCGCCGGCCGAGGAGGAGGAGGAGGAGGAGGAGCGGCGGGAGGUGAAGGCGGUGCCGGCGGGGCCGGGGGCGCGCAAGGACCCCCAUUUCAGGCUGGCGGCUCCCGACGCCCCCGGCGGGCUCGGGGAUAUCGGGGAGCCCCCCGGGGCUGAGCCUCCCACGCCCGAGGGGACCCCCAUCCUGCGCAGGAAGAUCGGGGAGAUGGCGGAGCAGGUGGGGGAGGGGCAGAAGGAAGAGGAGCCCCCGGCCGAGACCGAGAAAGCCGACACGGAGAACGGGGAGAAGGGCGGGGGUCCCGAGGGGCCCGAGGAGGGGCCGGAGCCCCGCGCCCCCCCGAAGCGGCGCAAGUCGGUGCCCCGGGAGCGCCGGGAGCCCCCGGCCGAGGGCGGCUUCGACUUCUGGGGAGAGCUGGAGGUGCAGAGGGUCAAGUUCCUGAAUUACCUGUCGAGGAACUUCUACAACCUGCGGUUCCUGGCGCUGUUCUUGGCCUUCGCCAUCAACUUCAUCCUCCUCUUCUACAAGGUGUCCGAGCACCCCCCGGGCGCUCCGGAGGAGCCCGAGGGCUCGGGGGUGGCCCCCGAGGAGGACGGGGGCGUCCCGGGGGGCGCGGAGGCGCCGGGGGGGGUCCCGGAGGAGCCCGAGGUUUAUUAUUUCCUGGAGGAGAGCACGGGCUACAUGGGCCCGGCGCUGCGGGGGCUGGCGCUGGCCCACACGCUGGUGGCCUUCCUGUGCAUCAUCGGCUACAACUGCCUCAAGAUCCCUCUGGUGAUCUUCAAGCGGGAGAAGGAGGUGGCGCGGCGCCUCGAGUUCUCGGGGCUCUACAUCACCGAGCAGCCGCCCGACGACGACGUCAAGGGACAGUGGGACCGCCUGGUGCUCAACGCCCAAUCCUUCCCCAGCAAUUACUGGGACAAGUUCAUCAAGAGGAAGGUGAUGGAGAAGUACGGGGACAUCUACGGGCGGGAGAGGAUCGCCGAGCUGCUGGGGAUGGACCUGGCCAGCCUGGAAAUGGGGGCGCAGGGCGAGCGCAGGGCCCCCCCCGACAGCUCCCUGCUCACCUGGAUCACGUCCAUCGACAUCCGCUACCAGAUCUGGAAAUUCGGGGUGAUUUUCACCGACAACUCCUUCCUGUACCUCACCUGGUACAUGGCCAUGUCCCUGCUGGGCCACUACAACAACUUCUUCUUCGCCUCGCACCUGCUGGACAUCGCCAUGGGCGUCAAGACGCUGCGCACCAUCCUGUCCUCCGUCACCCACAACGGCAAGCAGCUGGUGAUGACGGUGGGGCUGCUGGCCGUGGUGGUCUACCUGUACACCGUGGUGGCCUUCAACUUCUUCCGCAAGUUCUACAACAAGAGCGAGGACGAGGACGAGCCCGACAUGAAGUGCGACGACAUGAUGACGUGUUACCUGUUCCACAUGUACGUGGGGGUCCGGGCCGGGGGCGGCAUCGGGGACGAGAUCGAGGACCCUGCGGGGGACGACUACGAGCUGUACCGCGUGGUCUUCGACAUCACCUUCUUCUUCUUCGUCAUCGUCAUCCUCCUGGCCAUCAUCCAGGGUCUGAUCAUCGACGCCUUCGGGGAGCUGCGGGACCAGCAGGAGCAGGUGAAGGAGGACAUGGAGACGAAAUGUUUCAUCUGUGGCAUCGGGAGCGAUUAUUUCGACACGACGCCCCACGGCUUCGAGACCCACACGCUGGAGGAGCACAACCUGGCCAACUACAUGUUUUUCCUGAUGUAUUUGAUCAACAAGGACGAGACGGAGCACACGGGGCAGGAAUCUUACGUGUGGAAGAUGUACCAGGAGCGCUGCUGGGAUUUCUUCCCGGCUGGGGACUGCUUCCGCAAGCAGUACGAGGAUCAGCUGGGAUGAGCCCCCCCAAAAUCCCCCUCCCCAAAAUCCCCUUCAAGUGCCUUUGACCCCCCCCAAUAAACGCUGCUGAGUGUCACUGGCUCGUCACUGACCCCCAAAAACGCCCCACAAGGACCCCAGACCCUCUUCAAGUGCCUUUCCCCCUCCCCAAAUAAACGCUGCCAAGUGUCGCUGCA